AUGACAUCGAAGAUCAGUUAUCCAGCAGAUGUCGAGAAGUUAUAUGCGAACAAACUCGAUAAAUGGUAUAUUGAAAGCAGAUUUUAUUGGUCAACUCAAGAAGCAACUGUUGAAUCCAUGAUUAACGGCCCUGAUAAUUCUUCGACUCCAGAUUUGAAGUUCAGCUACACGGUUCUUUCUUUACUUAAAUUUGAAGAAAAGAUACAUGGUGGAAGAAUUGCUGAUUGUGGCGGAGGCAUUGGACGCGUUGCUUUCCAAGUCCUUAUACAUUUCUUCGAUAAAAUCGAUAUUAUUGAUCCUAUUCCUCAUUUCUUAUUUAAAGCACGUGAGUACAUCGAAAAAGAUGCACCAGUUGAAACAGAACAAGUGGGUCUUGAAGAAUGGAAUCCUCAAAAGACUUAUGAUGCAUUUUGGAUACAAUGGACAUUAUGCCAGCUUACAGAUGCAGAUGUUAUCGCAUUCCUUAAGAAAUGCAAAGAAAAUUCAACAGAUAACGCAAUGGUUUUUGUUAAAGAAAACGUUGCUGGCCAUGACUUUAAAGCAGCAAAAUCGGAAUAUGAAUACAAUUCUGAGAAAAAUGCAAUACAUAGAACAUAUAAUCAUUGGAUCGAGUUAUUCAAUACAGCAGGUUUAAUUCUUGAAGAAUACCGAAUUCAACCUGAUAUCCCAGAUAAUAUGCUCACUGUUGUUUUGUUUGUACUUCGAAAAUAA